AGCUUUUGCUUGCACAACAUAACAUCGCACGUGCGUCUUUACUACAUGCGUUUUGCAUCGAGUUGCUUUACGCGGUGGUACUGUGCACCGCAUGCCCAUUGGAAAAGCGAGUUGUAAGUAGGAGCGGUACACUCAAGUUAUCACUCGCCGGAACUCUGGGCGUGGAAAUUAUACAUUCGUGGUACUAUUUCGCGUCCGGCUAACUCGCAAAGACACCUUCAAUUGACAAAGGAACUACAAAUCUCGACUGACUGACUGGAUGUUACACCCUUUCACAUAAUGGAACCUUAAAUACCAGUAACGUAGCAACCAGCAUCACUAUAAUCCCAAUCCAAGAUGGAGGACGUUGCCAUGGAUCUGGAGGGAGUGACCGUAGGAGGGACUAUCCUCAAGCAGAAAGUAGCAGUGUGUAUGACCCGAAGCGACAGCAUGUCCAUUGGAUCCUUUGGGUCAGACAUUGCCUCAGGGGGUUCCGAAGAGAUGGACACUGAGGAUUCCGAGAAGGAUCCAAAGGAGGGGUUCCUCCAGAGCGAAAGAAGCAGAUUCUCGUCGGCGUCGAAGGAGAGGCAACAGGAAGGUCUCGAUAACCUGACGUUGCCGUUGGACAACCAGAGAGACGGAAAGUACGAUUUGGAGAGAAUAACAGGUGAUGCGACCUCACCAGUCAUUGAAAAUAAACUCUCGGACGACGUAAGUGGCUAUUAUGCCAUGAGAACAAGUCUGCUGUCACAGUCCGCGGUGAUUCUAGAAAAUGGAGGAGCUGUUGGGAAGACGAGCAGCGGAAGGUACGAGGAUGCCAAUUGUAACAUUGGGGCACGGGACUCCGGAACUAGGUCCAGCUGUGUAGCCAGGAAGAGCAGUAAGGCUUUCCAUACAGGCUACAGCUCCGACUCUGAAUCAGAAACAGAAGGGUUGAGUUGUAGCAUGCAGUCAACGGACGAGAAACAUGACAAUAACUGUUCUAAUUCGAAACAGGAAUCUGAAGUUUUAAGUGCAGCUGAAAUUAAAGUGAAAAGUGAACCUGGGACAGAUUGUGGAGAACUCAAAACGGAUCAAAACAAGGAACAUGAGAGGAAGGAUUUCACAAGUUCAAGGGAAGUUGAGACCGAGUCGAGACCAGAGGGGGUCUGUGUCAGUGAAUGUGAAGAUCCACUGAGAAAGGUUUCGGUGGACAUCGAAGACGGCAGCGCCAGUGACUCGAUGGCUGAGAUCGAGAAGUCGGGUCUGGAAGCCAAGCUUGCGCGUGUUUCCAAACGUCGCAUCUACUCGCGAGCCAGGGACCUGGCCCAGGCCUCGGACUCCAGCAGUGAGAGUGAUUCAGAGAGCGAGAGUGAGGAAGAGGAAGAGAAGGAGAUGAUCUUCGAGGAUCUCCACAGUGCCAAGGUGCUGUUCAACGCGGCCCAGCCGGACUCUGAGAAACUAAUAGAGCGUGAGGCAUUGAAGAUGGCCUGUGUAGAUGAUCUUUUGAGUGACUGUGUCUCAAGCGACGACUCUAGCGAAGAUUCCAGUGACGACUCCAGCGAUUCUAGCUCUGAGUCCGAGAGCUCGGAAUCCGAAUUAUCGAGUGCGGAUGAAUCAGAUGAUGAAGCAGAGGAGGAGGAGACAAAGCCUGCGAAAGGAAAACAACGUUCUGUCGAUUCAAAAGAAGGAUUUAGCAAGGGAUUGCCAGAGGUAGAAUAUCUGCAGAUUUCUCUCCCGGAGUCAGUAGAGCUCACCAAAGUUGGCCAUGUAUCGAGCAUUAUUGGAUCACUUGUGAUCAUCCAAGCUGAACCUAAAAGUCCAGCCCUCAACAUCGAGAGUGUCCUGUUCAAACCAGAUAGAUCUGUUCUUGGUCAGGUAUAUGAUCUGUUUGGCCCUGUCGUCUCUCCCUUCUACUCUGUGCGUUUCAACAAUGCAGCCGACAUCGAGCAGCAUGAAAUCAAGCUCAAAACCGAGGUCUUCUUUGCCCCUAAAAAUGUGGACGUAACACAGUAUGUCUUCACAGAGCAGCUCAAAAAAAUGCGUGGCUCUGAUGCAUCAUGGAAGAAUGAUGAGGAAUGCCCAGAAGAGGUUCAGGAAUUCAGCGAUGAUGAGGCAGAGUUGGCAGCAAAGAAUUCAAAGAAGAAAGAAAGGAAGAGGAAAGUUCCACAAGGAAGGAAUGAUGGCUCUCAGCAAGGACAACAGGGACAGUGGAGACAUGGCAAUAGACAAGAACAAUUCCAUGGCCGAAGAAACCAGCCUAGACCGCAUCCUCCUCUCCAGAGGCAACCAGCAUGCAGACCUCCUCAGUUUGGAUCUCCUGCGUUUGGUCCACGCCCCCACCACCACCAACAACAGUUCAUGCCACGCCCUUCAAACCAACCUGGUUGGAUGCCUAACAUGGUGGGUCCUCCAAGAGGGGACUUCCCCUGUCCUCCUCCCAGACAGUGGUACGGUGCUCCACCAAGGCCACCAGGCUUCCCUCCAGGGGUUCCUUCAAUGUUCCAGAAUCCACAAACCACAGAGCCUCCCGCAGGCCAUCAGCCACCGCAGCUGAUGCAGAUGGAAGGUUCUCAACCUCUGAAACAAAGUGCGUCCAUAUCCAAUCCCCAGACGUUCUCAGCAAGGGGGAUUGGUUUUGCACCGCCCUGGCAACUGAAACCACCCCAGCCCCCUGCUUCCUGGGGAGGUGUACCCCUCCCUGCAAGAACUCCGCCAUUAUUGAACAGUCCUUCAGCCACUCUGCAACCGUCUACAAGCAAUGCACCUCCCAAUGCCUUCACCAACCCACCUAGCAAUCAACCAGUACCACCCUUCCUUGGGUUCUCUCUAUUCAACAUCCCUCCACCCCCACUGACUCUUCCACCCCCUCCUCCUCCAGGCAUGCCUCCAAGGGGUGCAGGCAACCACGCCCAGAAACCGCCCUCCUUGAUGGACCAACAGGUGCAUCCACCAGCGUCCCUGCAUCACUCGGUUUCAAGUCAGAUGCAAUGGAUCCAGGCCCAGAGCCAGCAAGGCCAGAUGCCGUUUACUCCCAAAAUCGGAGCAACUCCGGUCUCCACUUCCAACUUUGCCCCGGCUCCUAUCCCACCGCCUUCCUUCCAUCCCCGCAUGAUGCAGUCCUUUAGACAAGAGCCUAAGACUCAAAAUUAACAAGGGUCAUCAUAGCAUCUGCAAAGUGAUGUAAUCUGUGUUCUUCUUGUAUUAUCAUUAAACACAAUAUGAGCUUCAAUAGUCUUGCACAUUAACUUUUGAAAUGUGUUAACAUUACAGCAACAUAUUUCUUAACACCAAAACAGGUGUUAUUAGCAAUACAGUAUAAAAAGCGACAGAGUAUUAUAAUCAAUGUAGAAUUGAUGUAUGACCCUGGUUUUGGCAUAAUGAUAUGCAGUUCUAAUCACAGAACGUAUAAAAAAAAGAGAGAC